GUCACCUCGCACCCAGCCGGGGGUGGGAUCGGGGGGAGCACCCGCACACCCACGAGGGUCCCCGUGGGGUUACCGGGGUCGCGACGAGCCACCGACACCGCACCACCUGGGCAGGGAGCUGGGGAGCCGCAGCAGCGCCUGGGCCAGACCUAGGUGCAUCUUGAGGUGGCAGCGCUGUUCCGGGGCGGGGGAACCCCCCCGUGUGCCGGCAGUAAACAGGAUACGAGCGGCUGCGGUGGGGAGGCAGCGGCAGCAUCGCCCCAGCCCCGGUGAGAGCCGCGGGAUGAUCGCGGGGGAUCAUCCCCAGCGGCCCCGAGGUUCCUCUCCAGAUGUUGGCAUCGCUGGUACAUGCCCGGCACGCUGAACCCCCCCGGCAAGCGGAGCCCCCCGAUCCUCAGCGCCCACCCAAGCCAGCGCCCCGGGGUGCCCCCGAGGUGUCCCCCCACCCCGCCAUGGCGCUGGAGGUGGGGGCCGAGGCGCUGCUGGACCUGAGCUUCCUGACGGAGGAGGAGCGAUGUGCCAUCGCAGAGGUGCUGCGCCGCGACUGGCAGCUCCGCCGGCGCGAGGAGGGGCGCAUCAGCAAGCUCCGCAAGUCGGUGUCGGACCCGGCGCGGCUGCGGGUGCUCACCGGGGACUGGUUCUGCGACGCCCGCGCCCAGCGCCACCGGCACCACCUGGGCUCCGACCUCGUCCGGGCCUCCAUCCGCCGCAGGAGGCGGCCCCGGGGACGGGGGGACCUGGAGCGCGGCCCCAGCCUGGGUGAGCUGGGGGCCAUCGGAGAGCCACUAGCGGAGGAGAAGGAGGAUGAGGAUGGCGCAGCGGACACGGAUGAGAGCAGCCCCACCGAGGAGGAGCAGGCAACCACCAAGGCCCAGCCCAGCCCCCCAGCCCUGGAGGAGACCCCUGAGUCACAGCCUCCACAGAAGGGUGACAUCCCAGCGAGGGAGCAGGACAUCCCAGCCCAGACAGGUGACACGGGAGGUGGGAACCCUUUUGGUUCAUCCACGGAGGAGGAUGAGGAGGAGCCUGACUCUGCACCCAGCAGCGCUGGGCAGAGGCCUGAGACCCCCCAGACAGAUCAGACACCUCCAGACAAGGUGCCCCCACAAAAUGGCCACACCCCCCCGAGCCUGCUGAGCACCAGCUCCUCCGUGUCCAGCCUCAGCUCCUCCACGCUGAGUGGGAGCCUGAUGAGCCUGUACAGCGAGGGGGAGCUGGGCAGUGUGGCCGUGAGGGGCUGUGUCCAGUUCUCCCUCCACUACGACCCGGCCAAGAAGGAGCUGCAGGUCCACGUGGUGCAGUGCCGGGAACUGGCCGAGGCCAAGAGGCAGCGCUCGGACCCGUACAUCAAGACGUACCUGCUGCCGGACAAGUCCAACCGCAGCAAGCGCAAGACGGCGGUGAGGAAGAGGAGCUUGGAUCCCAUCUUCAAUGAGACCCUCAAGUACAAGCUGGAGAAGAGGGACCUGCAGGGCCGGACCCUGAACCUCUCGGUGUGGCACCAUGACAGCCUGGGCAGGAACCUCUUCCUGGGCGAGGUGGAGGUCGCACUGGGUGCCUGGGACUGGGCCAACACACGCCCUGAGUGGUUCAACCUCCAGCCACGGAUGCCCAUCCCCUCGGACGGCCUCGCCAGCCGGGGCAACCUCAACUUGGCACUGAAGUUCAUCCCUGCUGGCUCAGAAGGCAGGGGGACUCCACCCACGGGCGAGCUGCACAUCUGGGUGAAGGACGCUCAGAGCCUCAUCCCGCUGCAGAGCGGCACCGUGGACGCCUUUGUGCAGUGCUACGUGCUGCCCGAUGACAGCAAGGCCAGCCGGCAGAAGACGCGGGUGGUGAAGCGGAGCCUGAACCCCCUCUUCAACCACACCAUGGUCUACGACGGCUUCCAGGCCAAGGACUUGGCCGAGGCGUGCGCCGAGUUCACCCUCUGGCACCAGGAAGCCUUUUCCAAGCGCCAGCUGGGCGGCAUCCGGCUCAGCCUGGGCACCGGGAGCAGCUACGGGCUGCCCGUGGGCUGGAUGGACUCGACGGCGGAGGAGCAGGGGGUGUGGAAGCAGCUGCUCCAGCAGCCCCAGCAGUGGGUGGAAGCUCUGCUGCCCCUGCGGACCAACCUGGCACCCCGGGCGUAGCCCCCUGGCCCCACCAGGACCGCCUGGUGCCAGCGGGACUGUGGGACCUGGGGGGGAUGGAGACCUGGAGCAUCACUGUGCAGGGCUGGGGGUCUGUGCCCUCCCCUUCCAGCAGCAAUGAA